AGAGCCCAGCAGCAGUGCAGCGCCACGGGGCAGCCAGGAUGGGAGCACAGUGUCUGGUAGCAGCUUGUGGGGCGCUGGCUUUGUGCCUGGCACUCACUGAGGCCACCAACCCCGGCUUCGUGGUGAGGAUCACCCAGGCAGGCUUGGACUAUGCCCAUCAGCAAGGGAUUGCAGUCCUGGAGAAGGAGUUGGCCCAGCUGAAGCUGCCAGACAUCUCGGGUGACUUCCGUAUCCGGCACGUGGGCAAUGUGCGCUAUGAGAUCUCCAGAUUGGACCUUCGCAGUUUCCACUUGCCCUACUCACGGAUUACCCUGGUUCCCAGUUUGGGCCUGCAGGUUGCUAUCUCCAAUGCCUUCGCUGAGGUGGACGGGAACUGGCGGGUGAAAAUACACUUCAUCCGGGACCAUGGUUCAUUUGACCUGAAAGUGGAGAACAUCUAUAUCAAAAUCAGCUUGAAGCUGGGCAGCGAUCCCUCUGGUAAACCCACCGUUGACACCUCUGACUGCAACACCCGCAUCUCCAAUGUCCGGGUACACUUUUCGGGCAAGUUCGGAUGGCUUUACAACCUCUUCCAUAGAGCUAUUGAAUCCAGAUUCCGGAAGAUCUUGGAGAGAGAGGUCUGUAGGAACGUGAUCAACUCUGUGCGCGGCGAGCUCCAGCCUUACCUCCAGACGCUGCCAGUCACAGCCAGGAUAGAUGUCAUGGCUGGCACGGCUGGCAUCGAUUACUCCUUGGUGGGACCCCCAACUGUUACCGCCCAGUCCCUGGAUGUAGACCUGAAGGGUGAAUUCUUCUCCCUGGCCCACCGUUCCACCGUCCCCUUCCCUCCACUGGUGCUGAACCUCCCUCCAGAGCAUGACCGCAUGGUUUACUUCGGGGCGUCCAGCUACUUCUUCAACACAGCUGGCUUUGUCUACCAUGCAGCUGGGGUGCUGGUCUUCGAAAUCACAGACUCCAUGAUCCCAAAGGGCUUUGACUUCCACUUGAACACCUCCACCUUCUCAGCCUUUGUUCCCCAGCUAGAGAUGAUGUACCCAAACAUGAUGAUGAAGCUCAGGCUAUCCGCCCCCUCUGCCCCGUUCCUCAACAUUGGACCAGGAGGGCUCUCACUCAAGCCUGUCGUGGAUAUCCAGGCUUAUGCCAUCCUUCCCAACUCCAGCCUGGCUCCUCUCUUCCUCCUCGGCCUGACAGGCAAUGUGUCUGCUGUCAUCAACAUGAAAUCCAACCACAUAGCUGGAAACCUGAAUGUGGGCAGGAUGAAGCUCUCUCUGAAGCAUUCGGAUGUUGGCCCUUUCCAGGUGCGAACGCUGCAGUCCAUAAUGAACAUAGUUGCUUCCAAUAUCCUGCUCCCACGUCUUAAUGAAAGGUUAGAAAAGGGCUUCCCUCUGCCGCUGCCGGACAGAAUACAGCUGUACAAUACCCUUGUGCAGUUUCACCAGAAUUUCCUGCUGCUGGGAGCAGACGUUCACUAUCAGCCCCGGGAAGGGAGAUAAGGUGACAAGAAGGACCUCAGGCACCAAAAAAACCCCCUUCACCCCUUUCCCCCACUACCAGAGCUGAAGAUCACCGGUUCUACCGCAGCCUCCCUUGCCGCCUGCCCCAGCCUGGACCGCGGCCAGGGGCAGAAGCACCCGCGGGGGCUGAACCCCACAUCCCCAAGCUGGGUCUCACCCAGUGCUACCGAGAGCUGGGAACCCCCCCCCCCCCCCCCCUUUCUGCUGGGUCGGAGGCAGCUGAUGGCAAUAAAGGCGGCUGUGGUGGUGCUGUCA